GAUAGGUGCACUCGUCGGCGUGCCACACACCACGCUCUCUCUAUCUGCCGAGGACAAGAAAUUCAACAGCACGCCUUAUCAAGACCAAACCACUGCAUAUUUUGACGAGGGUUUAGGUGGAGGAGCCUGUUUUGCGCGUGUAAAUUCGCACUCUUGAAGCUGCUGCUGCUGCUGCUGUAACUUUGGACGCUGCCGGAGGAAAGAUGAAUCUGUUUGGAAAAGCAAAAGCGAAGCCGCAGGCCGCGGACACCACCUCCACCAUCCUCAAGCUCAGGGAGACACUGGACUCCUUGGACAAGAGGGAAAACCACAUUCAGAAGAAGAUCAAGGCGCAGCUGCUUGAUGCCAAGGCGAAAAGCAGCGCGAAGGAUAAGAGAGGGGCCCUGUUCGCCCUCAAGAGAAAGAAGAUGUACGAAGGGGAAGUCAACAAGCUCAACGGAGCACGCAUGACGCUGGAGAGCCAGAUCAUCGCUCUAGAGGGGUCGAACAUGAACAUGCAGACGUUCAACGCGAUGCGGAGCGGUGCGAAGGCGAUGCAGGACGCUAGGGGGCGUCUGGACGUUGACCAGGUGGAUGAUGUGAUGGACGACAUCAAGGACGAGAUGGACAUCGCGGAGCAGAUCGGGGACGCGAUCGCGAGGCCGGCGGACGACCUCUUUGACGACGACGCCCUCCUGGAAGAGUUAGACAUGCUUGAGGAGGCGGACCUCGAGGAGCAGCUCCUCGCACCCCCCGCGGUGCCGACGGCGCGGCCCGCGGCGCCCCAGGGAGUCGAGCAGCCGGCGGUCGCCGAAUCGAAGGUCCCCGAAGGGUACGAGUUGCCAUCGGUGCCGUCGACAACCCCCGUCAGCGCGCCCGUAGCGGUGGAGGAGGACGAGGACGCUCGAGCACUGCGGGAGCUCGAGGCCAGCAUGGCGAUGUGAUUUUGAUUGGGCGGCAGGGAGGGGGGGGAGCACUUCUGGGUUGCUGGAAGAUAGUUGGCGAAUUAUGUAGACAUGACGCGGGUGGUGGUUGGAUAAGGGGAGGAACCGUGUUGGUGUGAAGGAAGUAUUUUUUGUGUCCCCCUCUUCGUUGUAGGGGCGGAGCUGGGACGACUUGAACUCUCCGUCCUUUUUUUGUUUCUGCACAUUGACCUUCGUUUCUUGUGUGCCCCACCGGUUUUUGACGGCAAGUCGGCGGGGCCGUUAGUUAUGGUAUGUUACGACCGAGGGCACCACAAGCCGGCUUCAUGUAAAUGAGAUGUGGGGUUUGGUGGCAACAGGGGCUACCUUGGCUUCGUAUUGCCUGCCCCCUACCCGAAAUGCCGGCUUGCCCUACGCUGCGCCCUCUUCCCAGUUACUCUUGCGUCUGUGCCGUGUGGCUGUUUAACUAAGCUCGGGUACACGUGUACGGUAGGCAGCCCGGCUCGUGUAGCGUCACGUCUUGCUUUUCGAGAGUGGGAGAACCGUGGUGCUGAUGGUCGUUUCGAGACGAUUCAUGGGGGCAGUUGAAGCUUUCAACACGGCUAGUCGGCGCUGGGCCUCGUUCCCUGACCCCGCGAGCAAAGCGUGUCACGACUGUAGUAGACCUUCAAAUAGUUAAAUCUGAACGGGUAUGUUCUCGUUGUUCAUUUUCCAAAAGGCGGCGGGGCGAUCGGCAAGGAGUGCGGUUGAAUCAGGGGGGACUCAACCGGUGUCUGUCCCGACAUGUAGACGUGACAACAACUGCUGCAUACAUGAGCUUGGAGCAGGAGCAGCACGUUUUUUUUGUUGCGAUGCGGGCAACCUGUAACCUACUUAUAUUGCCUUUCUCCCUGUCGACGACACAUCGAGGGAGAGGGUUGAAAGUUUAUUUGAAUGUUUCACGUUGGUUGGCUGCCAAGUUGAUGGUAUGAUGCUUGUUUGUCCUCCCUGGUAGAUGAGGCUUUGGGUUCGCC